UGAUUAAAUAUGGAAAACAAAAACAGAAGAAGAAAAAAAAUGGACGGCAAAUAAGCGCAAUGAGAGGCAUAAGACUCGAAACCAUUCUUCUUCUUCUUCUUCAAUUUCCAUUCUCAGUUUUCCCGGAAAAUUGCCUCAAAAUCACCUCUUCAAAAGUUUUAUUGAUAUUUUUUUUUCUGUCUUUUCUAACAAACAUUACAACGAACACAAUAAAUUUACAAUCAGAAUACAUCUAUUAUUGAUAAUUCAUUAACUUUUCUUUCCAUAUUUAAUCAUCAAUUUCAAAGGAAAAAGACGGAAUAAUUAUGUCGUGGUUGAGGUUGGCGGUGUUUAGGGCAGUAGAAGCCGGAGGGAAUACCAAAUUAACACGUACCGUUCGGAGCUAUGCUGACACCGGUGUCCAUGAUGCAGGCAAUGCCUUGGUUGAGGGCUCCAAGAUCAUCCAGCCCGGCGUUGGGACUGGGAUUUUGAAGAACUUUAGGCUUACUGUGAAAAGACUGGAGGAAGUUUCUGUGUCUUGUAGAGGGAUUGAAAGAGUUCAAUUAUUGAGAAGGUGGUUGGUUGCACUUAAGGAGGCUGACAGAUUAUCUGCAGCUUAUCCUGAGAACAAUGACAAGAAUCCUAAUGAACAGAUCAUCUCUGACGAGGACAAGGAUUCUCCAAGCAAUCCCACCGUGGAUUGUUAUGUUGACCCUGAACUUGGGACAAUGAAUUUCGGGGAUGCAUUUCUUUACAGUCAAGCUCUUGAAGGCAUAACAUUGUCCAUGAUUCUUGAAGCACCAAAUGAGGAAGAAGUUCUGCUGCUUCUGGAGAUAUUCGGGCUCUGUCUUGCAGGAGGAAAAGAAGUUCAUACAGUAGUUAUUCGUAGCAUACAAGAUUUGGCAUUAGCAUUCUCUGCCUACCAGGAUGAAGUAUUGGUAAAGCGAGAAGAAUUACUCCAAUAUGCUCAAUGUGCAAUUUCAGGGUUGAAAAUAAACGAUCGCAUUGCAAGAAUAGAUGCUGAAGCCUGCAGUUUAAUUCAGAAAAUUGAUAACAUGAAGGAGUUCCAUCAAUCACCAAAUGAAUCUGGGAAACAAUCAUCUGAAGGGACAACUGUUGCAACGGUAAAGACUCAUGAAGAGACACUUGGGCAAAUUGAACUAUGUUCCACAUUGGAGGCACUUUUACUAAAGAAGAAAUCUUUAAGUAAUGGCGAUUCUCCAGGGUCACAUGCUGGAAAGGUUGAAAAAUUGAAAGUUUUGUUGGAGUCUCUUCUUAACUCAACGUCAAAAGCUGAAAAACGAAUUUUAGAUAACAGGUCUCAGAAAGAAGAAGCAGUAAGUUUCCGAGUAGCUAAAACCAGUGAAGUUAACCAGCUUGAGAAGGAAUUGGCAAAUGAGAUUGGAGAACUUGAGAGGCAUAAAGAUGAACUUGAAGCUGAAUUGAAAAAGGUCAAUAGCUCAUUGACUGCUGCUCGGUCACGACUUCACAAUGCUAGGGAAGAACAAGAACAGUUUGAUGAAGCCAGUAAUCAAGUUCUAAUGCACUUGAAAGCCAGGGACGAAGAGCUCUCAAGAUCAAUUUCUUCAUGCAGAGUAGAAGCAGAUGUUGUUAAUAGAUGGAUAAAUUUUCUAGAAGAUACCUGGGCGCUACACACCACAUAUAUUGAGCAAAAAGAGAAGCAGGUCAAUGCUGAGUUGGAGAGAUAUGGAGAUUAUUUUGUGAAUUUGGUUAUUCAUCUCCUUACAUCUUACAAGGAACAGUUGGAACCUUCCGUCAGCCGCGUUAGAGGACUCGUUGGGGAUUUGCAUUCAUUUCAAGGGCCAGAAAUAGCACCUAGUAUGAAGGAUAGCGAUUCUUCAAAAGUGGUACAGAAAAGGAAGAGCCUUGAAAAGGAAUACCUGGAUUUGGAAGGGAAGUUUUUAUCUACCUUAAGCACGGUUGAUGUUGUGAAAAAGCAAUUUUGCAACGGAAAUGAUGGUAUUCCAAGGAAAGAUGACGAAAGGAUCAAGGAACUAUUUAAUGCUCUUGAAAAAAUGAAAGAGGAAUUUGAAUCCAUUGGGAGGCCAAUUUUGGAAGUUGAAACUCGGAUACAAAGGUCACUCUCACUACCCAGACCCCGUGGCAGUCUAUCCCCUUUUUUCAGGCAGACAGUAGAAAACAAACAUCACAAGAGAUCUAAAACAUCCUUUCUUAAUCAAAAAACAUCAGCACUAGUGGAGCUGGAAGAAUUAGAGUCUGAACUUGGGAAAGAUGACUUAGAUUAUCUGUCAGAAGAGAUUGGUGAGUGGGAGUUUGAUGAACUUGAAAAGGAACUAAGCGCAACCAGCUGACCAUCAAGAAAUAGACCAUACAUCUUGAUUGUAUUUAUGUUUUUGAAUGUUGUAAACUUGUAAAACUGCAGUUCUUUUGACAUGCCUGCAUGAAGAAAAGCUGUAGGAAGCUAAGUGUUGUAAGAUUACUGACAAUACAUCUAAAUGGCUCCCCAGAAGCUGCAAGUUAAUUGGGGAGUUAGCUGUGAGAAAUUGCAGUAGCAAUUAUGUAAAUGUAGAUAUAUACCUUAUACAAAUUUUUGUAUUUUCCUCCCUCAAAUGAAAAAAAGUUGUAUUUUCCCAUGUCAAAGUAUGAUAUGAUUCUUCUGAUU